AUGGCAACGGCGACAUACCCACCACCGCCACCGUAUUACAGGCUGUACAAAAACUACCUUCAAAACCCUAGUUCAGCCCCGGAGCCUCCCCCUCCUAUCCAAGGCACCUACGUCCUCUUCGGCUCCAACUACACCACUGAUGAUGUGCUUCCCAGUUUAGAAGAGCAGGGUGUUCGCCAGUUGUACUCAAAAGGACCAAAUCUUGAUUUCAAGAAGGUACUGAGGUCACUAAACAGAGAAUUACAGCUGCAUAUAUUGGAGCUAGCUGAUGUUCUCAUAGAGCGGCCAUCACAAUAUGCAAGGAGAGUAGAAGACAUAUCUCUUAUAUUCAAGAACUUGCAUCAUCUUCUGAAUUCAUUGCGUCCCCACCAGGCUAGAGCCACACUAGUUCACAUACUAGAACUUCAGAUACAACGCCGAAAACAAGCGGUGGAGGACAUCAAGAGGUAUUUGAUUUUUAUUGAACUGAAGGCGACUGUGGAUCUCAAACUUGAAUCUUUUGAGGAUCCUGCAACUGUUUAUGUUAUCGAUGUAUGCGUAUUGCUGUUUACCACCUUAAUGGAUUUAGCUGACUUAAGCCCAUGGCCACGAGAGUCAUAA